UAUGAGCAAUAUCUGCAAGCCAACAAUAGUAAACAAACAAUAGUCCAUUCAAAAGAGUCAAAUGCCAAAAAAAGAGUCAGGUCAGCCUGUUGUCAAACCAGGAACUAAUUUGUCAUGGAUGUUAGUCAGUAAUAUAACCCACUCCAGGAAGAUCCAUGUAUUUUUGCAUUUUCAUCUACCCUUACUAAAAUAACAAAACUAUCAGACAAGCAGGUGCACUAACCAUCGUCAUCAGGAGUCACACACAAACCCCGCCUUCCUGCUGAAGUCUAAAAACACAGCACAGGUCACAUUACUCUUACACACACCAUCAGGGAAAACUAGAGAAGAUUGGGUUUCACAGAACAAGUUUGAGAAGUAAACCUAACAAGACCUCUCCAAAGCAGGUCAAAUACAUUUCUGAUUUCAAUGGCAAAACUGAGGACCACUGUACAGCUGAAACGUCAUUUCCGCUACAUCACAGCAUUUCUGAGCUCUACUACUAUCUUGUUAUUUUUGUAUUUUCAAAACUCAGCAGUAAUUACCACCUAUGCUUCUUAUGGGAUCGCCUCAAAACGUGCUGCAUGUGGAUGCAAUACAUGUGUGGCGAGCCGAGAAAAUGGUACUUGGUUCAGUGAGCGGUACAACCGCACCAUACCAUUUCUGCUCAACAGCACCAACAGUGAAUUAAAUGAAGACAUCUUAAAGUGGUGGAAGGGGCUUCAAGGUGCAGCAGAUGUCAUCAACUACACAUAUGUGGUGGACAUUUUGUUUUCUCUGUUCCCCGAUGAAGAUCACUUCUCAGAUGCUGGUCCAGAUCGCUGCAGGACCUGUGCUGUGGUGGGAAACUCUGGGAACCUUCUGCGCUCCAAUUAUGGGCGUCUCAUAGAUCUUCAUGACUUUGUUUUGAGGAUAAAUAAAGGCCCGACAAAAGGUUUUGAGAAGGAUGUGGGGUCUAAGACCACUCACCGGAUCAUGUAUCCCGAGAGUGCUGUGGAUUUGGACAACUCCACUCAUCUGGUGCUCUUUCCUUAUAAGAUUCUGGACAUGCAAUGGCUCAUUAGUAUCUUCACAACUAAACACAUCACAGAAACAUACAUGUCAGUACCAUCAACAAUCAACGCAGACAGGGACAAGGUGAUGAUUCUCCAUCCUGAAUUCAUCAAAUAUGUGAAUGAUAAAUGGGCUGAGGGUCAUGGUGGAUAUCCCUCCACUGGCUUCUUAACGCUGAUAUUUGCUCUUCACAUCUGCGACGAGGUGAAUGUUUUUGGGUUCGGAGCUACCAGUGAAGGACAGUGGCAUCAUUAUUUUGACGAUUCGAUGACUUCCUUUAGCAAUCUUCACGGUGGAGACUUUGAAAAUCAAACGAUUCAUUUCCUCCAUCAACAAAACAAGAUUUCAUUGCACAAGGGUUGGACAUGAAGCAGGUUUCAGGAGAAACAUGAGUACCCCGUGACAUCAGUAUUGGAUAAUGAGCUGAGGAAUCUGAACUUGCAGGUCUACGGGAGACGUGACGAGAGAUCAACUUUCCUGAGGAGAUUCAUUUGAGCUCAAUGAAAAUGUGGCUUUAGGUUAUUUAUUUAUUUAUUUUGAUGAACUUUCCAGGAUCUUCAAGCACCACUGAGGCUCGCUGUUUACAAUGGAAUCCACACAUUAAAGGCAUCUUUCUGUAUGUUAGCUUCGGGAAAUGAAGUUGAAUUAAAUAAAUAUAGGAGCUGGAGCGACCUGGGCUACAAAACACUUCAGCACAUGCCACUAACACAUAUAACAUCAUGGCAUGUGAUUGCUGAAGUAAUUGAUGCAGAAAUAUACAGCGCAGACCAAGUAUUAGGUGCUUUACAUGUUCACACUGUUCAGUAGUCCAACAUUUCUGUGUUACAAAUCCUGCUGCUGUUUGCUAUAACUGAUAUUGUGAUUUAAUCUGAGAUGCUGUCAUACUGUAAUAUUUUAAUUUAAUCUAAGAUGCUGUUAUUUAUACGGUAAUAUUGUGAUUUAAUCUGAGAUGCUGUCAUACUGUAAUAUUUUAAUUUAAUCUAAGAUGCUGUUAUUUAUACGGUAAUAUUGUGAUUUAAUCUGAGAUGCUGUCAUACUGUAAUAUUUUAAUUUAAUCUGAGAUGCUGUUAUUUAUACGGUAAUAUUGUGAUUUAAUCUGAGAUGCUGUCAUUUAUACUGUAAUAUUGUGAUUUAAUCUGAGAUGCUGUAAUUUAUACGGUAAUAUUGUGAUUUAAUCUGAGAUACUGUAAUUUAUACGGUAAUAUUGUGAUUUAAUCUGAGAUGCUGUAAUUUAUACGGUAAUAUUGUGAUUUAAUCUGAGAUGCUGUAAUUUAUACUGUAAUAUUGUGAUUUAAUCUGAGAUGCUGUAAUUUAUACUGUAAUAUUGUGAUUUAAUCUGAGAUACUGUAAUUUAUACUGUAAUAUUUUAAUUUAAUCUGAGAUACUGUAAUUUAUACUGUAAUAUUGUGAUUUAAUCUGAGAUGCUGUAAUUUAUACUGUAAUAUUGUGAUUUAAUCUGAGAUGCUGUAAUUUAUACUGUAAUAUUGUGAUUUAAUCUGAGAUGCUGUAAUUUAUACGGUAAUAUUGUGAUUUAAUCUGAGAUACUGUAAUUUAUAUGGUAAUAUUGUGAUUUAAUCUGAGAUGCUGUAAUUUAUACUGUAAUAUUGUGAUUUAAUCUGAGAUGCUGUAAUUUAUACUGUAAUAUUGUGAUUUAAUCUGAGAUGCUGUAAUUUAUACGGUAAUAUUGUGAUUUAAUCUGAGAUACUGUAAUUUAUAUGGUAAUAUUGUGAUUUAAUCUGAGAUGCUGUAAUUUAUACUGUAAUAUUGUGAUUUAAUCUGAGAUACUGUAAUUUAUACGGUAAUAUUGUGAUUUAAUCUGAGAUGCUGUAAUUUAUACUGUAAUAUUGUGAUUUAAUCUGAGAUGCUGUAAUUUAUACUGUAAUAUUGUGAUUUAAUCUGAGAUGCUGUAAUUUAUACUGUAAUAUUUUAAUUUAAUCUGAGAUGCUGUAAUUUAUACUGUAAUAUUGUGAUUUAAUCUGAGAUGCUGUAAUUUACACGGUAAUAUUGUGAUUUAAUCUGAGAUGCUGUAAUUUAUACUGUAAUAUUGUGAUUUAAUCUGAGAUGCUGUAAUUUAUAUGGUAAUAUUGUGAUUUAAUCUGAGAUGCUGUAAUUUAUACUGUAAUAUUGUGAUUUAAUCUGAGAUGCUGUAAUUUAUACGGUAAUAUUGUGAUUUAAUCUGAGAUACUGUAAUUUAUAUGGUAAUAUUGUGAUUUAAUCUGAGAUGCUGUAAUUUAUACUGUAAUAUUGUGAUUUAAUCUGAGAUGCUGUAAUUUACACGGUAAUAUUGUGAUUUAAUCUGAGAUACUGUAAUUUAUAUGAUAAUAUUGUGAUUUAAUGUGAGAUACUGUAAUUUAUUCGGUAAUAUUGUGAUUUAAUCUGAGAUACUGUAAUUUAUACUGUAAUAUUUUAAUUUAAUCUGAGAUGCUGUAAUUUAUACUGUAAUAUUGUGAUUUAAUCUGAGAUGCUGUCAUUUAUACUGUAAUAUUUUCAUUUAAUCAGAGUUUUAGCGUUUCAUUUGCUGUAAGCCAUCAAAUUAAAAAGAAAUAAACAUUUAAAAUACAAUAAUAUGCGUGUAAUAAA